ACGUUUAUCGAAUUUUACAGGUGUUCCAAUCUUUCAUUUAUUUACAUUCAGGUUUGAAAACUUUUAAUUGCACGCGCCUUGUAAGCGCGCGACCGCGGAAUGCCGCAGGUAAAUACCCGUGCCGGUGAACGAUUAUCCGUCUGAUGAAGAAUUCCGUGGAACUCUGGCGGAGUCGGGCGUAUCUGGUGUCUUGUCAAUCGGAGUCCCCGCGAGGCGUAUCAGGCGUAUGUGCGUCGUCGAGUGAUUAGCGCGUUUCCUCCCCAAAAAAAUGGUAUCUUUGUUUUUCUCGCAGCCAAUGACACCCGCUAUCACGGGGAUGGAGGAGCAAGAGAAGCUGCUGGAAGACGCGAUCGGCGUGGUGAAGGUCCAGGCCUUUCAGAUGAAGCACUGUCUGGACAAGUCCAAGCUGAUGGACGCGCUUAAGCACGCCUCUACCAUGUUGGGGGAGCUCAGGACCUCCCUUUUGAGUCCGAAGAGCUAUUACGAAUUGUAUAUGGCGAUCACAGAUGAGCUGCGGCACUUGGAACUUUAUCUGCUGGACGAGUUUCAAAAGGGGAGAAAAGUUACGGAUCUCUACGAAUUGGUACAGUACGUUGGCAAUAUUGUGCCCAGACUCUACUUACUCAUCACCGUCGGUCUCGUCUAUAUCAAGACAACGCCCGGCUUGAAGAGAGACCUUUUGAGAGAUCUCGUGGAGAUGUGCAGGGGCGUUCAGCAUCCACUGCGCGGUUUGUUCUUAAGGAAUUAUUUGUUGCAAUGCACGAGGAACAUCCUGCCGGACGUUACCGAGGACGACGAAGACGGGACUGUUCGCGAUAGCAUAGACUUCGUUCUGAUGAAUUUCGCGGAGAUGAACAAAUUGUGGGUACGUAUGCAACAUCAAGGUCACAGUAGGGAUAAAGAAAGGAGAGAGAGGGAAAGGGAGGAGCUUCGAAUUCUCGUCGGGACGAAUCUUGUGCGACUUAGCCAACUGGAAUCUGUAACGUUGGAUAAAUACAAGAAGCUUGUCUUACCAGGGAUCUUGGAGCAAGUGGUUAGUUGCAGGGACGCCAUAGCACAGGAGUAUCUUAUGGAGUGUAUAAUUCAAGUCUUUCCCGAUGAAUUUCAUUUACAAACGUUAAACGCAUUUCUCAAGUCCUGCGCGGAAUUGCAAAAUGGAGUAAAUGUUAAAAACAUAAUUAUAUCGCUGAUCGAUCGACUCGCAGCCUUCAGUCAACGAUCCGACGGCGUUGGAGGGCCAGGAAGUCCCAACCAAGUGCCAGGCAUUCCACAAGACGUCAAACUGUUUGACGUAUUUAGUGACCAGAUUGCAACUAUCAUACAGACGAGACAAGAUAUGCCUCCCGAAGAUAUCGUGUCCCUUCAAGUGGCGCUCAUAAACUUAGCACAUAAGUGUUAUCCUGAUCGUGUAGAUUAUGUAGAUAAGGUUUUGUUUACUACAGUCCAAAUAUUCCAGAAACAAAAUGUCGAUAAGUUGGAGUAUAAUAGCGCCGUUUCAAGAGAACUAGUUAGAUUAAUGAAAAUUCCCGUAGAUAAUUAUAAGAAUAUAUUAACUGUGCUUAAGCUCGAACACUACGCGCCACUCUUGGAUUAUUUCGACUACGAGGGCCGGAAAUCAUUAGCUAUAUACAUAAUAACUAAUAUUUUGGAUAACGAAACAUUGAUACCGACGCAAGAGCAAGUGGACGCGGUGCUCUUCAUGGUAUCCUCCUUGGUCCAAGAUCAACCGGAUCAACCCAAUAUAGAGGAAGAUCCUGAAGACUUUGCCGAGGAACAGGGAUUGCUUGGAAGACUAAUACAUCACUUCAAAUCAGAAACGCCAGACCAGCAAUAUAUGAUAUUAAGUGCUGCAAGGAAGCAUUUCAGUGCUGGCGGUAACAAAAGAAUAAAGUUCACUCUGCCUCCCAUAGUUUUCCAAAGUUAUCAAUUGGCUUUUACAUACAAAGCAUUGAAAGAUCAGGAUGAUAUGUGGCAGAAAAAGUGUCAAAAAAUUUUUCAAUUCUGCCAUACGACUAUCACAGCGCUCAUGAAGGCUGAAUUAGCCGAACUACCCUUAAGAUUGUUUCUGCAAGGCGCGAUAGCGAUCGGCGAGAUUCGUUUCGAUAAUUUCGAAAUGGUCGCUUACGAAUUCAUGAGCCAAGCGUUCUCGAUAUACGAGGAUGAGAUAAGCGACUCGAAGGCACAGCUCGCGGCGAUCACCUUGAUCAUCGCCACGUUCGAGCAAAUGAGUUGCUUUGGUGAGGAGAACGCAGAGCCUGUGCGCAAUCAGUGCGCAUUAUACGCCAGCAAAUUAUUGAGGAAGCCCGAUCAAUGCAGAGGAGUCGCCACUUGUUCGCACAUAUUUUGGUCCGGAAAAUCUUUGGCUACGGGCGGAAAAGAGAUGCAAGAAGGCGGUAAAGUAUUGGACUGCUUGAAGAAAGGUAUUAGGAUAGCGAGCCAGUGCAUGGACACGUCUGUGCAGGUGCAACUGUACGUGGAGCUUCUGAAUCAUUACAUUUACUUCUACGAAAAAGGAAACACGGCUGUGACCGUGCAAAUAUUGAAUCAAGUGAUUGCGAAAAUUCGAGAGGAGCUUCCCAAUCUGGAAGCUAGCGAGGAAACUGAUCAAAUACAGAAACAUUUAGCAAAUACGUUAGAACACUUGAGAAAUAGGAUGGAAUCGCCAGACUCCGAUGGACUCUCCUACCAAGGCCUGGUCCUUUAACAGUGCGGAAUUGCGUUGUAAUUUUGUAAAUAAAACAUUUCUAUAAUAUAGAUAAUAUAGGUCGGUUGCACCAACAAUAGUUAACAUUGUUUUCGAUUGACUUAAUUUUCGUUCUGCGCAGACAAGAUUCUAAAUUAGAAGCGAGAAAUGAGUCGCUAACUCGGGAUCAAUUAUCGCGAUUGUUGUUGCAACACGGAGAUCAAUAGUCGUGAGAUUAUUUCUUAACUGGAUAGAUGUUUAAAUUAUAUUCAAUUGCCUACACACGAAAUGAUUCGUUAAUGACGUAUCAAGCGUACAUAUUAAAUUUAAUAGAAUUGUAUGUAUACUUGUUUUAAUAAAGAUUUAUUACAUACACCUGCCGGGCUUCCGCGGUGAAAA